AAUUCUCCUCCGGCUCCGAGCUAUGGCUACGUGUUCCCUCUGGGCGCCACCGUCUUUCUCUCCCCGCCGGCGAUUCUUUAGCUUUUCUCACAAUCGCCUGUCUCUAUCUUCAAUGUUAAGUUUCCGCAAAGAGCGUGUCUCACGAAGAGUCCUUUGUAGCUACGAAGAAAAUGACAGAGAUCGGACUCAAUCUACCGGAAUUCAACUCUACGGCGAGAUUGAGAGGUUAUUGACAGAGACUGUUAAACAAUCUCAGAGUAGUUCCGGUGGAUCCUCUGAUUGGUCAGAAGUCGAGGGAGCAUGGGUGCUGAAACCAAGAAACUCGAAACCGAAGAUGGUUGUUCAUUUCAUUGGCGGUAUAUUUGUUGGUGCAGCACCACAGCUUACCUAUCGAUUGUUUCUUGAGAGAUUAGCAGAGAAGGAUAUUUUAGUUAUCGCGACACCCUAUGCUAGUGGUUUUGACCACUUCAAUAUUGCAGAUGAAGUACAAUUUAAGUUUGAUAGAUGCUGCCGAUCUCUAAAAGAAAUAGUGCAGGAUCUUCCAUCUUUUGGGAUCGGUCAUUCACUGGGAUCCGUCAUUCACCUUCUGAUUGGAUCAAGGUAUGCCGUUCAGCGAAAUGGGAAUGUAUUUAUGGCAUUCAAUAACAAGGAAGCGAGCUUAGCUAUUCCUUUGUUCUCCCCAGUUCUUGUGCCGAUGGCCCAAAGACUUGGACCACUGUUAUCACAGAUGGCAACCUCCCCAACAAUCCGCCUUGGGGCAGAGAUGACCCGAAAGCAAUUAGAAACGCUUAGCCCUCCCAUCAUGAAGCAAAUUCUUCCAUUAGUGGAACAGCUCCCUCCCUUGUACAUGGACUUAGUAAAGGGAAGAGAAGAUUUUAUUCCAAAACCAGAAGAAACAAGACGCCUUAUAAGAUCCUACUAUGGAAUCUCUAGGAAUCUGUUGAUAAAAUUUGAGGAUGAUUCAAUAGAUGAAACAUCAAUCCUGGCUCAGGUGCUUGGUGUGGAAUCGUCCAUUAGCUCAAAGCUAGACAUGUCUAUCCGUACACUGCCAGGAGAUCACGGUCUCCCUCUGCAACAGGCUCUUCCGGAUGUUCCACCAGGAAUGGUAGAAGCUGUGAAUCGAGGAAGUGAGUUUUUAGCAAAUAUUGCUGUCGGGACUCCGUGGGAAUCUAUGGCUAAAGAGGUUGGAGGUUCGCUGGGAAUGGACUCGAAGAUCCUUCGUGCUGAUAUGUCCAAAGACCUUGCCCUGCUUGUCGAUGCAAUCACUUCUUGGAUGGCUUCAAAUAUGGGUCCAAAACUUCUGAGACCAUAAUGUUUCUCAUGUACACAACAUAAAAAAAUUCUAAUAACACAGGCGAUUGCAUACUAUUUUAAGUAAUGUAACUGUAUAUAUAUAACAUGAAGAGUUUCGUUAUACAUAAAAAGUCCUGUCGAUA